AUGUGCGGUGAGGCCAUGUCUGCUGUUAGCAAUGUGUGGGCCAUGUUGAGUGCCUUGGUGGAGGCUGGCCUGGCAAGUGCAGCUUCACCUGCAAAUGAACCAUCAGCCUCAUGUAGCACAUUAGCAUAUUGCACUGUGUUGGUGGUGUGGAGCAAAAGAGAAAUAGGAAAGAGGGCAACUCACAUGCUCACCUUCUGCCCACCCUCCCCACCACUGAACCUGUGUGAGGGUCCAUCACUGCCCCAGUGGGGCAAACAUGAAUCUGUAUUGUGCCUCACCAUGAUGGUAACAAUGUGUCAAGAACAUACCAGGAAUCCCAGACCCUGCUACUGCUUUGUUGAUCCACUUCUGCACCAUGUCAUGGGAGAGUGGCUCACCCAGCUGCAGCACACUAUUUACACUGAUAGUGGGAAACAGGAAGUCCUUGUCAGCCAUCAGCUGGUCAAGAUGGACAAGCUCAACCCACCUUAUCCAGAACACAAGGUGCAGGAAGGUGUUGCACACCUUUCCCAUAUCAGGGCAUGGAUAGAUCUUAUAGUGAUUACCUUUGGUAGGAAGAAGAUCAGAUAUGCAUUGCCAUGCCAUGAUGAAGAUGGAUGGAUGCACUUUGCAAUGGAUUUCAAAAACACUAGCACUUGCCUUGUCCAGAGCAUGAAUGCAACAGCACCACAGGCCAAGUAUUGGAGGUGCUGUGUGAUUCCCUUGCAAGCCUGUCAUCAUGAGAUGAAUAUACCACAAUGGGGCAUUGAGGGGACAGAGAUUCUGACCAGAUGCAACAACAUUGUCAACUUCUGCCAAAAGGACUGGGUUAUCUUCCCAUUGGUGUUGUGCAUCAUCAUGAUGCCAUCACUUGCAGAAUGUUGUGCCCUUGCUGUUGGGAGGAACAAUGCAUUGAGGACUUCCAAGUUGUCUACAGCAUGGCUCAGAGCUGAUGGUGUCCCCUCUGCUGGAAAGUGGCUCCCCAGCCAUGAUACAUUGCCCUUAUCUUUGCUGCUUGCAGUAUGCAAGCUUGGCAUUUCCUUUGCAGCAGACACCCUUGCCUUCUUCUUUGGCUUGUUUGGGGACCCAGAUGAGGCAGGGUACUUGGUAGUCGAUGCCUUCUGUCUGGCCAUUAUGACAGGACUUUAA